CGUCGCUGGCGUCGCUGCGUGCGUCAACGCGCUCCCCCGCACUUGGUCGCACCGCACGUCAACGUUGCGCGAUCGCGAGUCGUCGCCGUCAGUUUCCGUGCCUCUUGUGCAUGAUUAUUUCGCACGUCGGUUCAUAUUGACGCAAGGCAAAUUUUUGUUAGGAAAUGGCAACAGAAGGCAAUAGCAAUGAUCCUGAAUUGCGUUUAUUACGAUAUCUGUAUGUUGGAAAAGAUUACCCCAAUUACCAGCCUGGAUAUUGGUUUGCCCAUCAUUACUUUAUAGUCAGGAAUGUUCUAGCCAUAGAAGAACUUGCUGAAGAUAAGGAGAAACAAUUGGUACCCAUCGAAUUAAUCACAAAGGCAUUUAAGAGCAAUUUAGUUACACAUCCAGAGGCUUUGGUAUUUGCCCUCGCUGUUUGCUGCAGACAAAAUAAAAGCGAGACACUACGUCACGCAGCAUACGAAAGUGUACAAACGAUUUGUGCAUCUACUCCAAAUUUUAUUCUGUUUGUUAAAUUUGUUUCCAAACUGUGCAGAGAAAAAGAAUUGAAUUAUAUUACACAAGGCUGGGGCCAUGGCUUAAGAAAAGCUAUUAACAAUUGGUACUUAUCUAAGAAACCAUUAGAUUUUAUAGAAUGUGUCACAAAAUAUAAAAGUAGAUAUGGUUGGAAACACAAAGAUAUUGUCAAGAUGGCUCAUCCUCUAGGCAAUUCUCCAGAAAGUAAGAUUAUACUGAAAUAUGUGAUACACGGCUUGGAAAAGAUCAAAAAGGAUAUGGCAGCUGAUCAGAUAGAGGAGAUAUCUCCUAAUAUCAAUGAACUACUGAAAUAUAUGGAAGAGAUUGAAGAUUUCAAACAUUGCGAAGAUGAAGUUCGAGCUGCUUCUAUGCUGGAAACAUUUGGUUUUUCAUUAGAUCAUGUACCUGGUCAUUUGUUAAAAUCCAAGGAGGUUUGGAAUUCAUUGCUAAUAUCAAUGGACAUUGUUGUGCUUCUAAACAACCUGCAAAGGAUUCACAAUCUCGGGUUUCUUGUUAUUGAUGAACCAGCAGUCGAGAAAGUAACUGAACGACUUACGAAUUCACAAUACGUCGAAAAGAGUGCAAUUCAUCCGGCAUUAAUUUUUAUUACUCUCAAAAAUUAUCAGUGUUCCGGAAAAUGUCUGACUUAUGAAAAACGAAAAGUUCGAGAAUUAGCAAAGAAAUCUAUGCUACCAGGAUUUGAUCCAAAUAUCAAAAUAAUGGAUGCUCUAAACGAGGCAUUCCAUCUGUCAUUUAAAAAUAUACAACCUACAAAUUUGCGCUACUUAGUGACAAUCAGCACAAAUAAAUCAAUGGAAGUAAGCACCUGGCAAAAUGGUAAUAUGACCGGCAUCGAGACGGCUGCUUUGAUCGCGUUGAUACUUUUACGUUCCGAAGAGAACGUUACCAUAGCGACGUUUAAGAACGUCGGAAUUUAUAUAUUGAAUGUCUACAAAACUGAUUCUUUCGAAGAUAUUUUGAAAACCUUAAAAACAGCGCCUCUCGGAAGUUCCAAUCAGAGUAAACCAAUUUUGUGGGCCAAAAAACAAUCUAAACAGUAUGAUGUCUUCAUUAACAUUAUAGAUCAAAUAUUGCAAAAACAUGAUGAAUCCCAGGAAAAUCUAAUAUCGUACAAAGAGCAUCUAAAUCUUCCUGAUACAAAAUUGAUCACUUGCGCCUUAUGCUCUCCUUCACCAUAUCGUAAAGAACACUAUGACCGACAUGUCUUGACGAUCAACGGUUUUGAUGCUACCGUACCUAAUGUCAUUGAGGCGUUCGCAAAGGGUUUAUUUUAGAUGAGAUUCUUUAAAACCAUGUUUCUUCAAAAAGUCACAAAUGAUUAACCAAGAAGAAAAUUUUAUCCUAAAGCAUUGUUUCGAUAUGAAAAUGAAGGAGAAAGAAGCAUAUGGCAAUUUUGGAAGUCAGUGAUGAGAAUUUAUCUGACUGGCAUACUGGAGGAAGAAAACGGAAAAGAAAAGCAAAAAAAAAAAGAGGAGAGAAGGAGAACAGUACAGCCAGAAUCUGAAGAGAAUCACUUCUCCACGCUGUUAUUUCACAGUCCAUUGAUUUCAGGAUGUGCUGUAUAGUUGAACAAGAAGAAAGAAACAAUAUGUUGAAUGUGUUCAUGCUAGAAGAAAAAAAAAGAAGAAAAUAUUUACCACGUAAGAGGAGAAAGAGAGAAGAAAAUAGGAAAUUCCGCAUUAUGUAGUUAUUAAAAAUGGGAAACAAAGGGAUGUAACGGGAGAUCGAGAGACACUCGUCGAGUCCACCGUGGCACCAAGUGCUACGUCACGGUCGCGCUACAUUCUUGCACUUCGCGAUAUUGAAAGAGGGACAAAUUUUUGGCUUCCUUGCCGAAGACGAUUCUCCGAGGUUCCGGACUGAUCAUUGAUUUCGACCAGGAAGCACGAACGAUAUUUAUCCGAUACUUAUAGUAUUUUACGCGCCGCUGGACACGCAUUAUCAACCGUCUCUCGGAAUAAAUGUCGGUUGACCGCAAAUCUGUAUAGGACUAAGGACUGGAGGUACCACUCCGUUUAUAUUAGCGGCAUUUCAGUGUGUUAAGUUAUUAAAAAAAAAAAAAAAAAAUCGCUAGCGCGAUUAUUGUUCGAUUUGAUUCCACACGUACUUCCAAUUGUCGGAAGUUACAUCUUGCCUCAAUUGUCCGCAGAUUUUUUUCCAAGAAAAAAUAAUCCGGUAUGCGCGGACGUAAUUAAUCAGCCGAAGGACUUCCAUUAUUUUUUUUAACGUUCUUUCAACGUUCUUUUUCGCAUUUCUUCUCAGUCAUAUGCAGACUUACGCUUGACUAAGGUAUACAUAAGUACGAAAUAGCGUCAUGUUCCUUAGGAUUACACGAGACAAAACUUAUAAUUCCAUAAUUAGUACAUUGUCGCUUCAACGAUCUAGACAAAAAAAUGCUCAAUGCCCGUUGUUCGAAGUUUUCGAUGCAAAUGCCAAAAAUAUAUAUAAAAAAAAAAGAGAAAAGAGCGUAAUCGAAGAACGGAACGAUAUUCAAUUCUACAUGUACAAACCGCAAUGAAAUACCUCGUUACUUAUUCUCAGUGUAAAAUAGCAAAAGCGAAUUGUACUAACUCUGCGAGUUACGUAAAAAAAAAAA